AUGAAGAACGGAACCGCUGAAGAACUGCAUCGCAUCCAUAACGCUGCCGUCACAGUCGUCAACGCACAGAAAAGUAUAGGUCGUCCCAUUGAAUCUCACGGAAUGGACCUCCUAAACUAUCUGAUCGUCGAACAAUUCGACGCACACACUCGGAUGGAAUGGGAGAAUUCCAUAUCCGACUCCAACAAGUUACCACAGCACGAAACACUUUUGGACUUCAUGACGCGACGGAUGUUCACACUUAACGCCGUGCAUCCGAAGACUCUCAAGAAGAACUUCGGAGAGUCUUCACGAACGAUCGAAAGGCCUUCGUUGAGACACAGACUGUGUUUCAACUGCCUCGGAAAUCACUAUCUCACAAAAUGUCAGUCGAAGAAGAACUGCUACACAUGCAAGGCACGUCAUCACACUUCACUGCACGACGCAUACAACACGGUCACCGCACAUACACCAGAAGCCACUUCACUCGCCGCACUGCACAAAGCCAAGGAACAGAAGGCUGUGCUUCUCGCCACUGCUCGGGUGAACAUAGCCGAUCGCCAUGGAGCACCGCACGACGUCCGAGCACUGAUCGACCAGGGAUCAAAGGUGUCGAUCGUUUCUGAAGCACUGGUGCAACGAUUGAACCUGCCUCGAUCACGCACCGACAUGGCCAUCUUUGGGAUCGGAGGCGCACGACCAGGGUCAACGCGUGGCUCCACGUCCAGCACACUACAAGAUUGGUCGCAUAUUCGAGGACUUCAACUGGCGGAUCCUCAAUUUCACAAGAACGAUCCAGCCGAGCUACUCCUGGGAGCGGAGGCGUGCUCCUUAAUUCUUGAAGAGGGUCUACGCAAGGGUGGACCUCAGAUGCCAAUUGCGCAGAAGACAUCACUAGGAUGGAUACUCUCUGGAGGCUCCGACGUCGCAUCCGCAGAAGAGCACCGUCGCACAUUCCAGUGCACUGCCGAUCACGAGCUACUCGAGCUGGUGCAACAGUUUUGGGAACAGAAACGGGAGACCAACGCAGUCACGACACUCUCCGUCGAAGAGCAGCAAUGCGAGGAAUUCUUCGUGCACACGCACACUCGCACCCCUUCAGGACGAUAUGUGGUGAAGCUGCCAUUCUCCUCACCAAUCACUGCACUCCGCGAAACCCGCAAACCAGCUGAGCGGCUUUUUACAACGAUGGAGAGGCGAUGCGUCCAGGACCGUCGAUUCGGCAACCUGUUUCGCAACUUUAUGAAAGAAUACGAAGACCUAAAACAUAUGACGCUGGUGACAUGCUCCACAACUAGCAAUCAGUCAACGUACUUACCACAUCAUGGAGUACUCAAGGAGUCCAGUGCCACGACGAAGCUGAGGGUCGUGUUCAAUGGAUCGCAGCGAACGCGAACAGGAGACUCAUUAAAUGCACAUCUCAUGACUGGAGCAAAUCUUCUGCCAGCUCUUCCUAACGUACUCCUUCGAUGGCGUCAACACCAACGAAGAAGAGCAGUUUCCUCGUGGCGCCGUGGAUCUGCGUCGAGACUGUUACGUCGACGAUGUGGUCACCGGCUCAAAUACGCUGAACGAUGCGAUCGCACUCUAGACGAAAAUUCGCAACCUCUGCUUGGCGGGCGGAUUUCCGUUGAAGAAGUAGGCAGCCAACGACGAGAGGAUCCUGACUGGAGUACCAAGCGAUCAUCUUUUGCAGCAAUUACCGCCAGCCUGGGAAGGAGAGAGCCACGCCACGCUAGGACUCCGCUGGCACCCGCAACACGACCAGUUCUCCUUCGUGUUUCAUCCGCACGCUGCCAUCAAUCACACGAAAAGAACGGUUUUAUCCAAACCGCACGGCUCUUCGAUCCAAUAGGGUGGCUCGCUCCAGUCGUGAUUCGAGCAAAAAUUCUCAUUCAAUCCACGUGGCUGCAAGGAUUGGACUGGGACACCCCGCUGCCGCCAUCCGAAGCUCGAGAGUGGCAACGUCUUCUAGAAGAACUCCAUCUUCUAGAUCAGUUGCAAAUAAAACGCUGGCUCGGGACCAGAGCAGAUAAGACCACUCUGCAGCUUCAUGACUUCGCCGACGCAUCCGAACGAGGAUAUGCCGCCGCAGUAUACAUCCGCAUCACUGAAAGGAACGAAACGUCAAUAAGGUUAUUGAUGGCCAAAAGCAAGGUAGCACCCGUCAAACAAGUGACCUUGCCGAGGCUGGAGUUGUGCGCCGCCACGCUACUCACCAAUUUGAUGCGACAUGUCAAACAAACGCUCGACCUGGCAACAUCCGACACAUACUUAUGGUCUGAUUCAACAGUGACCCUCCAGUGGAUUCGCGGUCACUCUUCACGCUGGAAGACUUUCGUCGCCAAUCGAGUCGCUCACAUCCAGACGCAGCUGCCUAAUGCACAAUGGAGACACGUAGCUGGUCACGACAACCCUGCGGACUGUGCAUCAAGGGGUAUUAAUCCAAGCAAACUGAUCAAUCACGCUCUAUGGUGGACAGGACCUACCUGGUUAUCACAGAACGAAUCGGCCUGGCCAAACUCCGAGAUGGAGAUCCGAGGAGACGACGUGCCAGAAAGGAAAGCCACGAGCUUGAUGACUGUGAACCGGGUCAUCAUCGAGCCAGAAAUCCUGCUCCGCUUCUUAUCACUGCAUCGCCUGCUACGGAUAUCUGCAUGGUGCCGUCGCUGGCUGCGCGCUUCCGAGCCGACUCACACUGCUGGAUUAACGUUGAGUCCGGAGGAACUUGACAUGGCACUCUUUCGUUGGCUUCGAGAAGUGCAGACACUGCAUUUCACGGACGAGAUCAUCGCAGUCGCAGCUGGACGCUCCGUCGCACCAAGCAGCACAUUAGCCAAGCUGACUUCGUUCCUCGACGACCAUGGUGUUCUGAGAGUGGGAGGUCGGCUUAAGAACGCCCUGCUGACACAGGAUAAGAGGCAUUCGAUGAUCAUUCCAACCUCGUCGUGGCUGACUCGUCUGCUGGUGGAAUCCUGUCACCGUCGGACGCUGCAUGGAGGAGUGCAACUCACCCUGGGGCUGCUUCGACUGCGUUCUGGAUUCCACGAGGACGCACAGUCGUAA